ACCGAUUAUAUAUGGUUUUAAGUUCAGCCGUUCUUUUUCCACUGUGUACAUAAGCCACGGCAAAUAUAAACUCUUAAAACAGACUGCUUGUUGUUGCCGAGUGAUAAGCACAUCAGCACCGUAACAUGGACAUCACUACAUGCCUGCUGGGCGUCGGGCUGAUUCUGAUCGUGUACUGGUUUUUUUCGCGUACUGACCAGCGUCUCCCUCCCUACCCCUCCCGCCCACUUCCCGUGAUUGGUCACAUGCUGACCGUGAACGACGACCUUCGACCCCAGUUCAAGAAAUGGCGGAAGGAGCUAGGAGAUAUUUUCAGUCUAAAAAUGGGCGGGACACUGGUUGUGGUACUGAACGGGUACGAUCUGAUGAAGGAAGUACUGAUCAAAAGGGCAGACGAGUUUUCUGAGAGAGCAAUGUUUUUUAUGGACUUGGUCUCGGGCAGCCCAGGGAAAGGCAUCACUUUCGCUAACGGACAAAACUGGAAAGAGAAUCGAUCUGUGACCUUAUCCAUUCUUCGUGAAUUCGGGAUGGGGAAAAAUGUUUUGGCAGAGAAAAUUCAAUCGGAAGUUGUUUGUUAUAUGGAUUACAUCAGCCGUCUAGACGGCCAGGCUACUAACAUGCAAGUAGUGACCAACAUGAGCAUCGCCAAUGUCAUCUGCGCUUUUAUCGUGGGGGACAGGUUCGACUACGACGACACGACAUUUCAAACGUUGAUGUCAAGAAUUAGAGCAAUCACCGGAGACCAAACAACGACGACUCUAGUCAAUUUUUUCCCGGUGCUAAACAAACUGCCUGGCGAUUUUUUCGGUGGCAAGAUGAUGGCCUCGAACAUGCAGAAAGUUGCAGACUUGUUCAGAACAAAAUUUAUCGGCAGGCACAAUGACGACGAAACGAACAAUUUUGUAGCGGCCUACUUGUCGCAGAUGAAGAAAAAACUCUCUGGCGGGCAGACAACUCUGCUGGACGAGGAUAACCUAGUUAAAAUAAUGCUGGAGUUAUUUUUAGCCGGGGGUGGCACCACGAGCACCUCUCUCUUGUGGUGCUACAUAUAUGCCUUGAGCUACCAAGACGUACAGGAGAAAAUUUACAAGGAAAUCGAAGAAGAAAUCGGCACAGUUAGAGUUCCAACGAUGCAAGACAGAACCAAGCUAGUUUAUCUCAACGCUUUUCUUAACGAAGUUGCUAGAAUUUCCUCACUUGCUGCGCAUUCUUUUGCGCAUUCCAACAAGACAGACACAGAGAUCAGAGGCUACAGGAUCCCAAAAGGAAGCUUCAUAGUUCCUAACCUUGAUUCUAUUCAUUUUGAUAAAAAGAUUUGGGGCCAGGAUGUCAUGGCCUUUAAACCCGAAAGGUUCAUUGACUCUGAAGGGAAAUUGAAAAAUCCAGAAGAGUUGGUUCCAUUUGGCAUCGGUCGCCGCAUCUGUAUGGGUGAAUCAAUGACGAAGAUGAUUCAGUUUUUGAUGAUGGCCUCCCUGAUUCAACGGUUUAAAAUCCUACCCUCUGACCCAAAGUCCCCUCCGCCAAUCAAAUACGAGUUUGGUCUUGAUGUCGCCCCUGCCCCGUUCGAAGUUCGCUUUGUCGACAGAAGAAAAUAAUGAAUCAAACACGAAUAUUUCUACUAACUAUUGUACUAGCUAAAACUGUUUCAUGUUCUUUUUUCUUCUAUUAGUGUUUUUCUCUCUUUUUUUUAAAAUAUUUGUAUAUAUUUAUAUAUAUUUCAAUUUUAAAAAAAAAUUCAUAAUCCAAACUAUGUUUA